AAAGGAGGAGAUUUAAAAAUAAAAAAAGAUGUUUGCGGGACUGAUGGGUCUGGACUGUCACCGGAAGUCAAUGUUUCACCACUGCGGAGUCUCAGAAGCGUUUCCAUUGUACCGUAAGUGGAGCCCACGGUGUCUCCGUGUCCUCGCCGGAGCCCCCCGGGACAGAGACGUCAACCUUCUGAGCUUCGGUCCGAUUAUCGAGUCCAUGAUGUUGAAGCUGCAGAGGCUCCAGCAGAAAGCCAUCCUGGACGACGACUACGACGCCGCUGAGCGCUUUGGGAAGAAGCUGGAGGAGCUGUGCAGGGAGCGAGGCGCUCUCAGGCUGGGUUUACCCUCCAGACAGCCUGGCGUGGCCCUGUUCCUGGACAGGCUCAGGCAGGGGGUGCACGGCGCCCUCCAGAGGACAGACUGCAGUCAAGGCAGGGAGGAGGUGGAACCAGAACAAUCGGACCCGCUGCAACGAAGAGAUGGUUUGGUUCAAGAGAAACGGCAGGUGGAGGAGGAGGUGGCAGAGCUGCAGCGGCGGCUGGCGGAGCUGCAGGAGCGCAACCGGCUCCUGGAGGAGCAGAUCCAGCAGGAGGAGCGGCAGCUGGAGGCAGAGGAGCUGGAGGGCACCGUGCUGCGCAGCUGCACCACGGUCCAGCUCCGGGACCUGAGCCGGACCCUGCAGGACCUCGUCACAUCCGAAUACCGCUCGCUGAUCUCCAUCUCUCCUCCACCCUCCACACUCAGACUUCAGGAGCAGGAACAGGCCCUGAAUCUGUCCAUCAAGGAAGCUACAGCUAAAGUGGUGAUGAGUCAGAGGCUGGGCAGCAGCCUGAGGAGGAAAGUCAGCGAGACCGAAACGCAGCUUUUGGCGCUGCAUGAAGCCAAACUGGCGGCUAUUUCCGGUAAUGACUUCGGCAGCGCCAAGGAGCUGAGAGCCGAGAUGAAGGCGGUGUACCUGGAGCGGGACCGGCUGGAGGCGCUGGUCCAGAGGCUGCAGAGCCUCAGCUCGGGGAGCAGCCAGGAGCUGUGCCGGAUGAAGGAGCAGCGGCGGCAGCUCAGGCAGGAGCUGGAGCAGAGGGAGGCCCUGCACGAAAGCCGGCUGAGAGAGAACACCGUCAGGUAUAUGGAGCUGCUGGAGGACAGGCUGCACAGUUACGGCUGUCCCGGCUUGGAGCGGAUCUGGGAGGCUGACCUGGAAGCUUGUCACCUGUUCCUGCGUGGCCUGCAGCUCCGGACUCCCAGUGUCAGCGGGGCGGACGUGGAGGACCUCCCCGCCACGCGCGUGAGUCCUCCGACCCAACCGCCGCCUGAAGAAGAAGAAGACUGCGCCAUGCUGACGGCUUUAGGCGGACGUUGGUGUCCUGAGGCCAACCUUCAGAACUCUGAGUUCACAAAGAAACUGGAGGAGUUUUUGUUCUGCAUGGAGGAGACUCAGCCCGAGAAAGCACUUGAAAGAACUCAAGGAACCUUAUUAGAGAGGUCUCUGGAAAAUCAUCGGAAUCUGCUGGGUGGUAAAGCACACAAACACCAGGAGGAGGCUGACAUCACCACCAUCACUGCAACCAACAACAACUCAGAUGGACUUCAUCCUUAUGCCUGA